AUGUACAAGACGUGGGAUGUUUUAUUACGUUAUUUUCCAGUUGAAGAACAUGUUUGUCUUCCUGUUGUGCAGGGCAUGAGCGAUCUUCUAUCCCCCAUAUUGUUUGUAAUGAGGGAUGAGUCAGAAUCAUUUUGGUGCUUUGUUGCAUUGAUGGAAAGGCUUGGACCUAAUUUUAAUCGUGAUCAAAAUGGCAUGCACUCUCAGCUUUUUGCAUUAUCAAAGCUAGUGGAGCUGGAAUUUGAAUUUGAAAGAACAAUGCGGUUGUGGGAAGUGCUUUGGACUCAUUACUUAUCUGAGCACUUGCACUUGUAUGUGUGUGUGGCUGUCCUAAAGAGACACCGCCACAAGAUAAUGGGGGAGCAAAUGGAUUUUGACACACUGCUGAAGUUUAUAAAUGAGCUUAGUGGUCACAUAGACCUUGAUGGGGUUCUUAGGGAUGCAGAGGCUUUGUGCAUAUGUGCUGGGGAGAAUGGAGCGGCUUGCAUUCCUCCUGGAACUCCACCUUCACUGCCCACUGAAGACAGCUCAUUAUACCCUCAGCAAGAUGACGAUGACAUAUUAGCCGUGAUUUAUGAUAUGGAAUUGAUCACGCCAUUGCUAGAGACAGAGAUUCACCAUGGUGAGCAGAAAAAGGUGGCACAAGCAGGUCUUCAAAAUCCAGCCAGUAGGCGGCAAGAACGGAGGCUCAACAUUAAAGCUGGGGAUUUCGGGGUCUGGGAUCCCAGAAGUAAUAGUGGCUGUUGUAGUGGUGGAUGGAGGGGUAGGCAAAGGCAACUGGAGUUGCCUGUUAUUGCAAGUGCGUUUACAGCGAGAGGGAGAGAUGGCCUUCUUGUUCAAAUGGGUAUUCCAGUAGUUCUUCACCUCAUUGUCGGUUCGACCAGGCAGUCUACCAGCAAUGAGUGA